AUGUCAGCACCUACAGCAGCAGCAGCUCCAAAUUAUCCAAUGGCAUCAUUAUACGUUGGUGAUCUUCAUCCCGAUGUCACUGAAGCCAUGCUAUUCGAUAAAUUUGCAAGUGCCGGACCUGUACUUUCCAUUCGAGUUUGUCGCGACAUGAUUACACGUCGAUCACUCGGCUAUGCUUAUGUUAACUUUCAACAACCAGCCGAUGCCGAACGUGCUCUAGAUACAAUGAACUUCGAUGUGCUACGUGGUCGUCCAUUACGUAUCAUGUGGUCUCAACGUGACCCUGCCUUACGUAAAUCAGGUGUUGGCAAUGUAUUCAUCAAAAAUUUAGAUAAAAACAUCGAUAACAAAUCACUCUAUGAUACAUUCUCAGCUUUUGGCAAUAUUCUUUCUUGCAAAAUUAUGACAGAUGAAAAUGGCCAGUCGAAAGGUUUCGGCUUUGUUCAUUUUGAAACUCAAGAAGCAGCUGAUAAUGCUAUUAAUAAAGUUAAUGGUAUGUUAUUGGCUGACAAGAAAGUAUUUGUCGGACGAUUUGUUUCAAGAAGUCAACGUAGUGGGGAGGGUCCAGAACGAAAAUUCACUAAUAUAUUUAUUAAAAAUUUUGGUGAUCAACUGGACGAAGAGAAACUUCGUGAACUUUUUUCAAAAUUUGGUAAAAUUUCUAGUUGCAAGGUUGAAAUUGAUGAAAAUGGUCAGCCAAGAGGUUUUGGUUUCUGCAGUUUCGAAAAUCCAGAAGAAGCUGAAGAAGCAGUAAAAAAUAUGAAUGGUUACACGUUAGGUGACAAACAACUCUUUGUUGGUCGUUUUCAAAAGAAAAAUGAACGACAAGCGGAGAUUAAGCGUAAGAAAGAUCUACAACGUAUAGAACGUAUGAAUAAAUACCAAGGUGUUAACUUAUAUAUUAAAAAUUUGGAUGAUACUAUUGAUGAUGAACGAUUAAAGAAAGAGUUUUCGAAAUUUGGUACAAUCACAAGUGCUCGAAUCAUGUUUGAAAAUGGUCGAUCCAAAGGUUUUGGUUUCGUCUGUUUCAGUGCGCCUGAUGAAGCAACAAAAGCCGUCACAGAAAUGAACGGUUCCAUUGUCGGAUCAAAACCACUCUAUGUCGCUUUGGCACAACGAAAAGAAGAACGUCGUAUGCAUUUAACGAAUCAGCAUAUGCAACGAAUUGCGACAUCGCGUGUACCACCACAAAUGCAAUUACCAUUUCCAAACAAUAUGGCAGGAAUGAUGCCUUACAUGCCGGCAGCUAUGGGCCCAUCACAACCAAGAGCAGGCUUCUUUCCGACAACUGCCGUACCAAAUUAUCGACCAACUCAACCACGAUGGACACCAGCUGGUGCUGGUAACAUGAGAGGACAAGCAGGCGGCCCUAUGAUGAACAUGUCGAUGGCACAAUCCCUGGCUGGAGCUCAACAUCGACCAAGUGGUAUGGGUGGCUUCCAAGCACGAGGCGGUAUGCAAAUGGGAAAUCGCUCAACACCAGGCCAAAUGGUAGCUGGCGGCGGUGUUCGACCCCACGGUGGUGCUCCACUUCCAGCAGCUUAUACACGUUCUGCACGAAAUUUACCAGCCAAUAAUGCCGGCGUUUUCCCAGGCUCGAUUGUUGUUCCUGGUCAAGAACCGUUGACACCAGCUGCUCUUGCCAAUGCAACACCACAGGAACAAAAACAAAUGUUAGGCGAACGCCUCUUUCCAGUAAUUCAAAAUAUGCAUCCUGACUUAGCCGGUAAGAUUACCGGUAUGCUUCUCGAAAUUGACAAUACCGAAUUACUCCAUAUGCUCGAAUCGCGUGAAUCACUCAAAGCUAAAGUUGAAGAAGCCAUCGCUGUUUUACAAGCUCAUCAAGCCAAACAAAUACUUGCCGCCAAACAAGCUGCUACUAACUCAGCUAAUUCAUAA